GCGCAAAGCGACUACCGGCAGGGCGGGCGGGGCUCGCGGCAAGCCGGCCUCGGCGGCGGCGGCGGCGCGAUGACCACGCUCCGGGCUUUCACGUGCGAUGACCUGUUCCGCUUCAACAACAUUAACUUGGAUCCACUUACAGAAACUUAUGGGAUUCCUUUUUAUUUACAGUACCUCGCCCACUGGCCAGAGUAUUUCAUUGUUGCAGAGGCACCUGGUGGAGAGUUAAUGGGUUACAUUAUGGGUAAAGCAGAAGGCUCUGUAGCUAGGGAAGAAUGGCACGGACAUGUCACAGCUCUCUCUGUUGCCCCAGAAUUUCGACGCCUUGGUUUGGCUGCAAAACUUAUGGAGUUAUUAGAGGAGAUUUCAGAACGAAAGGGUGGAUUUUUUGUUGAUCUCUUUGUAAGAGUAUCUAACCAGGUUGCAGUCAACAUGUACAAGCAGCUGGGCUACAGCGUAUACAGGACAGUCAUAGAGUACUAUUCAGCCAGCAAUGGGGAGCCUGACGAGGACGCUUAUGAUAUGAGGAAAGCACUUUCCAGAGACACUGAGAAGAAAUCCAUCAUACCAUUACCUCAUCCUGUGAGGCCUGAAGACAUUGAAUAACCAUGGGCAGUGGUUCUUAGGCUGAGGCUCCAGAUAUUUUAUGGACAAUAUUGUUUUCAUUGGAUGAUCCCGGAGCGCUAUUAGGAGAAAAGUAAUUAUUUAGGUCUUGCAGAUUUCAAGAAAAUACAGGUUAUAAAUUUGAGUCUUACUGUUUCCAGUUAGCAAUAUCAUAACUAUUAAAGCUGUUCACUGUAAUAAAAUUCAGUCAAAAAGGCAGCUAGGUCAGAUGGAAACAUUUUAGUAUUUUGGUUCAUAAUAUUCACUAUAUGUUAAGGGGAAAAACUUGCUCCAGUCUCCUCCUAAAUUCUGUGCCUGAGAACCACUGCUGCAUACAUAUUUUUUAUUUUGUAUUAUCUGUUAAUUGAAGCUUUAAAAGCAUAUAUGAAAUGUAUAAAUCUAAAAUGUAUAAUAAAACGCAUUGUUGACCCUA